AGUUCUGUCUAAGUCUUUUAUCAGUAUGAGUAAGGGCAUAAUUACAACCGUGCACUUUGGAGAUUUCUGUCAUAAAAUGGAGAAUCGCGUGCUUAUCACAGUGAUAUUGCUAGUUGUUACUAGUGGAGGAUGCGUGGGUGACAACAAGGAAACAGAGACUUCACCCCUGGACUCGGGGGGCGAAACCAAGGGCCGGCGGUUACUGUUAAACGACCCGAACACUUUGCUAAAGGAGAUAGAGGCGCUACAGAGAGAAAUGACGUCACUGAAAUCUCACGUGACAACAAUGGAAACGGAAGUGACUACACAGCGUACCCGGAUCCUCUCUCUAGAGAGUCAGCUCAGUUCAAGAAGUAAACAAGGAACUGGCAGUAUUUACACGGUGUGGGGCAAGAAGGCCUGCCCAGCAUUGAACGACACUACUACUGUUUACUCAGGAAUAACUGGGGGUAAGCCUUUUAAUGAAGUUGGAGGAGGGGUCGACACCCUCUGCCUGCCUCAUGACCCGGAUGAUGCCCCUCGUGACUUUCCCACAAGUAUAAUAGAUUCAGCGGCCCACAUGUAUGGAAGCGAGUAUCAAUUCACCUAUGGGAAGUUUGCUGGGAAUGACGACGUGCCAUGCGCAAUGUGUCACGUACAAAGUUCCGGUUCAGUAAUGAUGAUACCGGCAAAAAACACGUGUCCCAGCGGCUGGAACAUGCAGUACCACGGGUAUUUGGUGACAGAUAAUGACAAUAGCGGCUGGUAUGCUUUUGACUUUGUUUGUCUCCAUGGAGAUGCCGAGUACUUAACGGAAGGCGCCCGGCAACACAACUUAAAUGGCCACAUCUUAUAUCCGGUGACGGCUGUUUGCGGUUCUCUCCCCUGCCCCCCAUAUAGGAACGGCCAGUACAUCACGUGUGUUGUGUGUACAUUGUGACGGUUAUAAAUAACGUGUUCUCUUUGCCAUUAGAAACCUCAAACUUA